AUGCCGAAGCCAAUUGUACAAGAGGGUGAGGACCCUGAUCCAACCCCAUACCUGUUCGUCUCCCUCGAACAGAAACGUAUCGACCAAAGCAAGCCCUACGAUGGUAAGAAAGCUUGCUGGGUUCCUGACGAGAAAGAAGGCUUCGUGCAGGGUGAAAUUAAGGCAACCAAGGGCGAGCUGGUGACCGUAAACCUUCCCGGAGGCGAGACCAAAGACUUCAAGAAGGAUCUAGUAGCACAAGUCAACCCGCCUAAGUACGAAAAAUGUGAGGAUAUGUCUAACUUGACAUACCUCAACGACGCUUCGGUUUUGUAUAAUUUGAAGCAGAGAUAUUACCAUAAACUCAUUUACACUUACUCGGGUCUCUUCUGUGUGGCUAUCAACCCUUACAAGAGAUACCCCGUGUACACGACCCGAUGCGCCAAGCUUUACCGAGGCAAGCGUCGUUCGGAAGUGCCACCCCACAUUUUCGCCAUUUCCGACGGCGCGUACGUCAACAUGUUGACCAACCACGAGAAUCAAUCUAUGUUGAUUACCGGUGAGUCUGGUGCCGGAAAGACUGAGAACACGAAGAAGGUAAUUGCUUACUUCGCCACCGUUGGUGCCUCCCAAAAGAAGGACCCCACUCAGGAGAAGAAGGGAUCUUUGGAAGACCAGGUCGUACAAACUAACCCUGUUCUUGAAGCCUUCGGUAACGCCAAGACUGUGCGUAACGACAACUCCUCCCGUUUCGGUAAAUUCAUCCGUAUCCACUUCGGACCUUCUGGAAAACUGGCUGGUGCUGACAUUGAGACCUAUCUACUUGAGAAGGCUCGUGUAAUCUCCCAGCAAGCCCUUGAGCGUUCUUACCACAUCUUCUACCAAAUGAUGUCUGGAUCCGUUCCUGGACUUAAAGACAUGUGUCUGCUGUCAAACGACGUAUAUGACUAUUUCAUCGUAUCGCAAGGAAAAACUACCAUCCCCAAUGUAGAUGAUGGAGAGGAAUGUGUUUUGACUGACAUUAGAUUUUAUACCCGUACCAGAGCAUGUAUUGUUACCCCUAGUGUUUAUGCACCAAAUACCAAACAUGACAGUUCUUGGUGUCAUUUUGUAGCCAUCUGCUUAUUAUCUAACGACGUGAAUGACUACCACAUCGUGUCGCAAGGCAAGACCAUUAUCCCAGGAGUUGACGACGGCGAGGAAAUGAAACUUACUGAUGGUAAGAUUACCAUCCCCAACGUCGAUGACGGUGAAGAAUGUCUUUUAACUGAUCAAGCCUUCGAUAUUCUGGGCUUCACCCAAGAAGAGAAGGACAACGUAUACAAGAUCACCGCCGCCGUCAUGCACAUGGGUUGUAUGAAGUUCAAACAGAGGGGUCGUGAGGAACAGGCUGAAGCCGACGGCACUGAGGAUGGUGAGAAGGUCGCUAAGCUCCUUGGUGUUGACUGCCAAGACUUGUACAAGAACUUGUUGAAGCCCCGUAUCAAGGUCGGAAACGAAUUCGUGACCCAGGGUCGUAACAAGGACCAGGUCACCAACUCUGUGGGUGCCCUCUGCAAGGGUGUCUUCGAUCGUCUCUUCAAGUGGCUCGUCAAGAAGUGUAACGAGACUCUAGACACCAAGCAAAAGAGACAGCACUUCAUCGGUGUACUGGAUAUUGCUGGUUUCGAAAUCUUCGACUUCAAUGGGUUCGAACAACUCUGCAUUAACUUCACAAAUGAGAAACUCCAACAAUUCUUCAACCAUCACAUGUUUGUGUUGGAACAAGAAGAAUACACCAAAGAAGGCAUUCAUUGGGAAUUCAUUGAUUUCGGAAUGGACUUACUGGCCUGCAUUGACCUUAUCGAAAAGUUUAGCAAUCUAACUCUUUAUUUCCCAUCCAUUCAUCUGGGCUUUUAUAUUGUUGAAAAGUACAACGGUUUCGAGCAACUCUGCAUUAACUUCACAAAUGAGAAGCUCCAGCAAUUCUUUAACCACCACAUGUUCGUACUCGAACAAGAGGAGUAUAAGAGGGAAGGCAUCAACUGGACGUUUAUCGAUUUUGGAAUGGACUUGCUUGCUUGUAUCGAUUUAAUCGAGAAGCCUAUGGGUAUCCUCUCAAUUCUUGAGGAAGAGUCUAUGUUCCCGAAAGCCACCGAUCAAACCUUCGUUGAGAAGUUGAACAACAACCACUUGGGUAAAUCUGCUCCUUACCUGAAGCCCAAGCCCCCCAAGCCUGGUUGCCAAGCAGCCCACUUUGCCAUUGGUCACUACGCCGGUAAUGUCGGCUACAACAUCACUGGAUGGCUUGAAAAGAACAAGGACCCCCUUAACGACACCGUUGUCGACCAGUUCAAGAAGGGUCAGAACAAACUGUUGGUUGAGAUCUUUGCUGACCAUCCUGGUCAGUCUGGUGAUGCUGGCGCUGGUGGUGGUGGCAAGGGAGGUCGCGGUAAGAAGGGUGGUGGUUUUGCUACUGUCUCCUCCGCUUACAGGGAACAACUUAACAACUUGAUGACAACCCUGAGAUCCACCCAGCCUCACUUCGUACGUUGUAUCAUUCCCAAUGAAUUGAAACAGGCUGGUCUCAUCGACUCUCACCUUGUGAUGCACCAGCUUACCUGUAACGGUGUGCUUGAAGGCAUCCGUAUUUGCCGUAAAGGUUUCCCCAACAGGAUGGUCUACCCUGACUUCAAGCUCCGUUACAUGAUACUUGCACCAGCCGCCAUGUCUGCAGAAAAAGAUCCUAGGGAGGCUGCUAAGAAGUGCCUCGAAUUGAACGAGCUUGACCCUGAAAGUUAUCGUAUAGCUGCCGACAAGGAAACUGACCCUAGGAAAGUCGCUCAAGUCAUCUUGGAGGCCACGGGCUUGGAUGUCGAAUCUUACCGUCUCGGUCACACCAAGGUAUUCUUCCGUGCUGGUGUCCUGGGUCAGAUGGAAGAGUUGCGUGAUGACAGGUUGUCCAAGAUUGUAUCUUGGCUCCAGGCCUACAUCCGUGGUUAUCUCUCCCGUAAAGAAUACAAGAAGUUGCAGGAACAGAGGGUCGCCCUCCAAGUUGUCCAACGCAACUUGCGCAAAUACUUGCAGCUCCGCACCUGGCCAUGGUGGAAACUAUGGCAGAGGGUCAAGCCCCUUCUCAACGUCACUCGCAUCGAGGAUGAGAUCGCGAAAUUGGAGGAGAAGGCACAAAAGGCCCAGGAGGCUUUCGAGAAGGAAGAGAAACUCCGCAAGGAAGUUGAGGCCCUCAACGCUAAGCUGCUUGAGGAGAAGCAGACCCUGCUCUCUUCUCUUGAGGGAGAGAAGGGUUCUCUCUCCGAGACUCAGGAGCGUGCCAACAAAUUGGCAGCCCAAAAGGCCGACCUGGAGAGUCAACUUAGGGAUACCCAAGACCGUCUCACCCAAGAAGAGGAUGCUCGCAACCAGCUCUUCCAGGCUAAGAAGAAGUUGGAACAGGAAAUCUCUGGCCUCAAGAAGGAUGUUGAAGACCUAGAACUGUCCGUCCAAAAGUCUGAACAGGACAAGGCUACCAAGGACCAUCAAAUCCGCAACUUGAACGAUGAGAUCGCUCACCAGGACGAGCUUAUUAACAAGUUGAACAAGGAGAAGAAACUCCAAGGUGAAUCCAACCAAAAGACUUCCGAAGAGCUCCAAGCUGCUGAAGACAAGGUCAACCACCUUAACAAAGUUAAGCAGAAGCUCGAACAGACUCUCGACGAGCUUGAGGACUCUUUGGAGCGCGAGAAGAAACUGCGCGCUGAUGUUGAGAAGCAGAGGAGGAAGGUUGAGGGCGACCUUAAACUUACCCAGGAAGCUGUCUCCGACCUCGAACGCAACAAAAAGGAACUCGAACAGACCAUCCAGCGCAAGGACAAGGAAAUCUCAUCUCUUACCGCCAAGCUCGAGGAUGAACAAUCUCUUGUCAGCAAGCUACAGAAACAGAUCAAGGAACUGCAAGCACGCAUCGAGGAAUUGGAAGAGGAAGUCGAAUCCGAACGCCAGGCUCGUGCUAAGGCUGAGAAGCAACGCGCUGACCUCGCCCGUGAACUCGAGGAGCUCGGUGAGCGUCUCGAAGAGGCUGGUGGCGCCACCUCCGCUCAAAUUGAGCUUAACAAGAAGCGUGAGGCUGAGCUUAGCAAGCUUCGUCGUGACUUGGAGGAAGCCAACAUCCAACACGAGUCCACUCUUGCCAAUCUUCGCAAGAAGCACAAUGACGCUGUUGCUGAGAUGGGCGAGCAGCUCGACCAGCUCAACAAGCUUAAGGCUAAGGCUGAACAUGAUCGUGCGUCUUCCUACAACGAGCUUAACAACACACGUGCUGCUAUUGACCAAGUUGCAAGGGAAAAGGCUGCCCAAGAGAAGAUCGUCAAGCAAUUGCAACACCAGCUCAACGAAGUCCAAGGCAAGGCUGAUGAGGCCAACCGCACCCUCAACGACCUGGAUGCCGCCAAGAAGAAGUUGUCUAUCGAGAACUCUGACCUGCUCCGCCAAUUGGAGGAGGCUGAGUCCCAAGUAUCUCAGCUUUCCAAGAUCAAGGUGUCCCUUACCACCCAGUUGGAGGACACCAAGAGGCUCGCUGACGAAGAGGCCAGGGAACGCGCUACUCUACUUGGCAAGUUCCGCAACCUCGAACACGACUUGGACAACAUCCGCGAACAAGUCGAAGAGGAGGCUGAAGGCAAGGCUGACUUACAACGCCAGCUGUCCAAGGCCAACGCUGAAGCUCAGCUCUGGCGCUCCAAGUACGAGUCCGAGGGUGUCGCUCGCUCCGAGGAACUCGAGGAGGCCAAGCGCAAGCUCCAGGCUCGUCUCGCCGAAGCCGAGGAAACCAUUGAAUCCCUCAACCAGAAGGUUGUUGCCCUCGAAAAGACCAAGCAGCGUCUCGCUACCGAAGUCGAGGACCUGCAGCUCGAGGUUGACCGUGCCACUGCCAUUGCCAACGCUGCCGAGAAGAAACAGAAGGCCUUUGAUAAGAUCAUUGGUGAAUGGAAACUCAAGGUUGACGACCUUGCUGCUGAACUCGACGCUAGUCAGAAGGAAUGCCGUAACUACUCUACUGAAUUAUUCCGCCUUAAGGGUGCCUACGAAGAAGGUCAGGAACAACUCGAGGCUGUCCGCCGCGAGAACAAGAACCUCGCCGAUGAAGUCAAGGACUUGCUUGACCAAAUCGGUGAAGGUGGCCGCAACAUUCAUGAAAUCGAGAAGGCCAGGAAGCGUCUUGAAGCCGAGAAGGAUGAGCUCCAGGCUGCCCUCGAGGAAGCUGAAGCCGCUCUUGAACAAGAAGAGAACAAGGUCCUGCGCGCUCAACUCGAAUUGUCUCAGGUCAGACAGGAGAUCGACAGGAGGAUCCAGGAGAAGGAAGAGGAAUUCGAAAACACCCGCAAAAACCACCAGCGUGCCCUCGACUCCAUGCAGGCUUCCCUCGAAGCCGAGGCUAAGGGCAAGGCUGAGGCCCUGCGCAUGAAGAAGAAGCUUGAGGCUGACAUCAAUGAACUUGAAAUUGCUCUCGACCACGCCAACAAGGCUAACGCUGAGGCCCAGAAGAACAUUAAACGCUACCAGCAACAAAUCAAGGACCUCCAGACCGCUCUGGAAGAAGAACAGCGCGCCCGUGACGACGCCCGCGAACAGCUUGGCAUCUCUGAACGCCGUGCUAACGCCCUCCAGAACGAGCUCGAGGAAUCUCGUACUCUCCUGGAACAAGCUGACCGUGCCCGCCGCCAAGCCGAACAGGAACUUGGUGAUGCUCAUGAGCAACUCAACGAACUGUCCGCCCAGAGCGCUUCCCUCUCUGCUGCCAAGAGGAAACUCGAAUCUGAGCUCCAGACCCUGCACUCCGACCUUGAUGAGCUCCUUAACGAGGCUAAGAACUCCGAAGAAAAGGCCAAGAAGGCUAUGGUUGAUGCCGCCAGGCUCGCCGAUGAACUUCGCGCUGAACAAGAACAUGCUCAGACACAGGAGAAACUCCGCAAGGCCCUUGAACAACAGAUCAAGGAACUGCAAGUCAGGCUCGACGAAGCUGAGGCUAACGCGCUCAAAGGAGGCAAGAAGGCUAUCCAGAAACUCGAACAAAGGGUACGUGAGCUUGAGAACGAGCUUGACGGCGAACAGAGGAGACACGCCGACGCACAAAAGAAUCUCCGCAAGGCUGAGAGACGCAUCAAGGAGCUCACCUUCCAAGCUGAGGAGGACCGCAAGAACCACGAGCGCAUGCAAGACCUGGUCGACAAACUGCAACAGAAGAUCAAGACCUACAAGAGGCAGAUCGAGGAAGCCGAAGAGAUCGCCGCUCUCAACUUGGCUAAGUUCCGCAAAGCACAGCAAGAGUUGGAAGAAGCUGAGGAGAGGGCAGACCUCGCUGAGCAGGCUAUCAGCAAGUUCCGUGGCAAGGGACGCGCGGGAUCCGCCGCGAGAGGAGUCAGUCCGGCGGCGUCCGUUAAAGGGCGUCCA